AUGGUGUUUUCCUACUCCUUACAUACCUCCAACCCGGACGACGUCGUGUUCCAGGCUGACUACCCCGACUAUUACUUCCGCAUCACGAAGAACAACCACCCCGACUAUUCCCAGAGCUCAACCACCUGCCAGACCCUCCUCCCCGACUCCGACGGCACCAUCGAGGGCCACCUCAAGGAGGUCGGCCUCACCUUCCAUCUGCUCAAGGACGUGCCCAAGAUCAUUUCCACGAACAUCGAGCUGAAUCUCGUGGAGGCCUUCGAGCCGCUGGGGAUCAGCGACUGGAACUCCAUCUUCUGGAUCGUGCACCCCGGUGGAUCCGCCAUCCUCGACGCGAUGGAGGCCAAGCUGGGGCUGGAGAAGGAAAAGCUGAAGGCGACGAGGCAGGUGAUGACCGAAUACGGGAACAUGUACAGCGCCUGCGUGCUGUUCAUCCUCGACGAGAUGAGGAAGCGAAGGCGACCACCGGCGAGGGGUUGGAGUGGGGGGUGCUCUACGGGUUCGGUCCUGGCCUCACUGUGGAGACCGUGGUCUUGCGCAGCGUCGCCAUAUCUUCCCGUUGAAAGCAGAAUGGCCAUCCUUUGA